CUUGUUGGUGUCGGCUAUCGCGAUUAUCAGUGUGUUCGGAUAUAACCCAUAGAGAUGUUUGUCAUAUAGCAGUCUGUUUUGUCAGCAGUGUCCAAAAAUAACGUUGCAUAUGAUAGUGUGCGAAAAGACUGACUCGCAGCAUCCGUUAUUUGUUUUGGUUAUUUCCGUAAAUAACCGUCAGAGAUUCAUUUGCCGCUCCAAAGAGGAUGGUUUGGGACGAUCCGUUUGACAUUUGUGAUUAGCUGACGUACAGUAUCAUUCCGUCUCAGCUGGACAAUGCAAAUCUGAAGUGUUCCUCGGUUAGCUUUGUAAUGUGGCCGCUGAAAUGGCACCGUUAAAUUAAUGAUGGAUGGCUGUUGUAUAUGCUAAUGAUUUGACAGCCUUUCCUGGUGCAAGUCGUUGUCCUCUCUGUCCCACCAACAAGGAAGCAGAAGUUGGUUUACAGAAAUGUUCAUAAUUUAACCAGGUGCUAGAAUGCGGAGUCGAAGUAAUUCAGGAGUAAGAUUGGAUGGUUUCGCGAGGCUUGUUCAGGAGACAAUUUUGUGCCAUCAGAACCCAGUCACUGGCCUUCUUCCAGCCAGUGAGCAGCAGAAGGAUGCCUGGGUCAGAGACAAUGUGUACAGCAUCCUGUCGGUGUGGGGCCUCGGCAUGGCCUAUCGCAAGAACGCAGACAGGGACGAGGACAAGGCCAAAGCUUAUGAGCUGGAACAGAGUGUGGUAAAGCUGAUGCAAGGUCUGCUGCAGUGUAUGAUGAGGCAGGUGGAUAAGGUGGAAAAGUUCAAACACACGCAAAGCACCAAGGACUGUCUGCAUGCCAAGUAUGACACCCCCACCUGUGCUACAGUUGUAGGGGAUGAUCAGUGGGGGCACCUGCAGGUGGAUGCCACCUCACUGUACCUGCUAAUGCUGGCAGAGAUGACUGCAUCAGGUCUGCGCAUAAUUUCCAACUUGGAUGAAGUGGCAUUCAUACAGAACCUGGUUUUCUACAUUGAGGCUGCGUAUAAAGUUGCAGAUUAUGGCAUGUGGGAGAGAGGGGAUAAAACCAACCAGGGAAUUCCUGAACUGAAUGGAAGUUCAGUGGGAAUGGCGAAGGCAGCACUGGAGGCCAUUGAUGAGCUGGACCUGUUUGGAGCACACGGAGGACCAAAAUCUGUCAUUCAUGUACUGCCAGAUGAAGUGGAACACUGCCAGUCUAUUUUGUGCUCCAUGCUACCCCGAGCCUCCACUUCAAAAGAGAUUGAUGCUGGACUCAUGUCUGUCAUCUCCUUCCCCGCAUUCGCAGUAGAGGACGCUGACCUAGUCAACAUCACUAAGAGUGAGAUCAUCUCCAAACUGCAGGGACGCUAUGGCUGCUGUCGAUUUAUUCGGGAUGGAUACAGGACUCCAAAAGAGGAUCCUUCAAGGCUCCACUAUGACCCUGCUGAACUAAAACUGUUUGAAAACAUUGAGUGUGAGUGGCCGGUCUUCUGGACCUACCUUAUUCUGGAUGGCAUAUUCAAUGGAGACCAGGUUCAGGUGCAGGAGUACAGAGAGGCCCUGGAGGGAGUGCUAAUCAGAGGGAAAAAUGGAAUUCGGCUAGUACCUGAGCUCUACGCUGUACCCCCAGACAAGGUUGAAGAGGAAUACAGAAACCCUCACACAGUGGACCGGGUGGCCACAGGUCAGCUUCCUCACAUGUGGGGACAGUCCCUCUACAUCCUUGGCAGCUUACUGGCAGAGGGAUUUCUGGCUCCUGGAGAGAUAGACCCUCUAAACAGAAGAUUCUCUACAUGUUUCAAACCAGAUGUUGUCGUGCAAGUAAGUGUUGUGGCAGAGUCAGAGGAGAUCCAGGAGCUACUUAGGGACCAUGGGAUUGUGGUUCAGACCAUAAGUGAGGUCCUGCCCAUUAGAGUCAUGCCAGCCCGCAUCCUCAGUCACAUCUAUGUCAGACUGGGAAACUGUAAAAAGCUGAAUCUGAGUGGACGGCCCUACAAGCAUAUUGGAGUUCUCGGAACUUCCAAGUUUUAUGAAAUUAGAAACCGUACUUACACUUUCACCCCACAGUUCCUUGACAAGCAUCACUUCUAUUUGGCACUGGACAACCAGAUGAUUGUGGAGAUGCUGCGGAAUGAGUUGGCGUACCUGUCUUCCUGCUGGAGGAUGACCGGAAGGCCCACCCUCACUUUUCCCAUAACACAGAACAUGCUGGUGGACGAUGGAGAGAGCAUUGACCCCUGCAUCUUAUCCACAUUACGCAAGCUUCAGGAUGGCUACUUUGGAGGAGCCAGGGUGCAGAUGGCCGACCUGUCUACCUUUCUCACAACCUCCUUCCACACCCAGCUUAGUUUCAUGGAUGCCGAUGCAGAUGACCUUCUAGAAGAGGAUGAGGAGGAUGAAGAGGAUGAAGUGACAGAAGUUGAUGAUAGUUAUGCUCCUUCAGGAGGCUCAAAAAACAUGUUUGACGAUUACCUUUCCCAGCUACUCCACAGCACGGCCACAAAAACCCAUUUGCCUCCCAUCCAGGGGGGGCAGCACCAUGUCUUCAGUGCUGAACACACCACCAGGGACAUCUUAUCUUUUAUGGCUGAAGUUCAAGGCUUAAACAUGCCUAAGGCCUCCUUGUAUUUGCCUGUGACCCCCAUCAUGAACAAACACCGCAAAUCUCUGAACCUGCUGGUGGUUCCCCAGCCACACCACCACGCUCACCAUCCAAACAAGGCCCACUCCACUACUGAUCUGCACUUGCCCCGUGAUGCCCAUGGUAAUACAGACUUUGCACAUUUAGUGAAGCAGCUGAAGGAAUGCCCUACCUUACAAGACCAAGCAGACAUCCUUUAUAUCCUCUAUGCAAUGAAGGGAGCUGACUGGUUGGUUAACACUGGGGGUCAGGAUGGAGUGACAGUCCGAUCUCUGUUGGAGGAGCUCUAUGUUAAAGCAGGUACCUCCAAGGAGUGGGGGCUAAUACGCUAUAUUUCUGGCAUCUUGCACAAGAAGGUGGAGGUACUGGCAGAGGCCUGCACUGAUCUCAUCUCCCACCAUAAACAGCUGACCGUGGGGCUUCCUCCAGAGCCCAGAGAAAAGGUUAUCACAGCGCCGUUACCCCCUGAGGAACUGAGUAAUUUGAUUUAUGAGGCCAGCGGACAGGAUAUCAGUAUAGCCGUUCUCACUCAGGAGAUCAUGUUGUAUCUGGCCAUGUACAUACGUUCCCAGCCAGCGCUGUUUGGAGAUAUGCUGCGUCUGCGUAUAGGCCUCAUAAUGCAGGUGAUGGCCACUGAGCUUGCCCGUAGUCUGCACUGCUCAGGGGAGGAGGCAUCAGAAAGCCUGAUGAAUCUCAGUCCAUCAGAUAUGAAGAAUCUGCUCCAUCACAUUCUGAGUGGGAAAGAGUUUGGUGUGGAGAGGAGCAUGCGUCCCAUCCAGUCAACAGCCACAAGCCCUGCAAUCUCCAUACAUGAGCUGGGUCACACCGGCGCAACCAAGACUGAACGCACCGGCAUCAGGAAACUGAAGAGUGAAAUUAAACAGAUCUUUAGCAGUGUUCAAUCCAUCGGCAGUAAUGUCACAUCCCCUCGUUCCACGAGGUGUAGCAGUCCCUCUACCCCUAGCGGGAUUCUGUCUCCAGUUGGUAGCGGUGACCCUCACCUGCAGUGGGAGGAGCGGCAGGGUCAGUGGUUGCGGAGGCGCAGGCUGGAUGGAGCAAUCAACAGGGUUCCUAUGGGCUUUUACCGGAAAGUGUGGAAGAUCCUGCAAAAAUGUCACGGCCUGUCCAUUGCCGGCUACGUGCUGCCCUCCUCCACCACUCGAGAGAUGACGGAGGGUGAGAUCAAGUUUGCCGUACAUGUAGAGUCAGUGUUGAACCACGUACCCCAGCCUGAGUAUAGGCAGCUACUGGUGGAGGCCAUUAUGGUUCUGACUUUGGUGGCAGACAUGGAGAUCCCAAGCAUCGGAGGUAUUAUUCACAUCGAUCGCGUUGUCCACAUGGCCAACGAUCUGUUCCAGCAGGACCAGAGAGCUCAUGGAGCCAAUGAAUUCUUUCUUGAGAAAGAUCCAGCAACGGGAAUCUGCAACUUCUUCUAUGACAGUGCCCCCAGUGGCAGCUAUGGCACCAUGACGUACCUCUCAAAAGCUGUGAUCACUUAUGUACAAGACUUCUUGCCAAGUACCAGCUGUCUGAUGCAGUGAGGAGAAACAGAUGAAGGACAAUUUACCGGAAACCAGACACAAGGGAACCAGUAUGUUGUUGUUACAGUAAAAAAAAAAAUAUUUUUUUUGGUGGGCUUUCA